AUGCUCUCUCGCGCCGCCACCAAGACGACUACAUCCCUCGUAUCCCGCCGCGGCUUCCACGCCACGCGCGCCCGCAUGUCCUCGCCCUACCACUAUCCCGAGGGCCCCUACACUAACAUCCCCUUCAACCCCAAGAGCAAGUGGUUUGGUCUGGGAUACUGGUCGUUCAUGGCCACUGGCUUCUUCGCCCCGUUCGGCAUUGCCGUCUACCAGAGCUACAAGGCUUAA